UGAUUGCCCAGAGGAGCGGAGGGGGAAGUUCAGUGAGGUGGUACACAGACAGAUUCCCAGCUCUGCUCUCCAGGACAUCCAGCCCCUCUGGACUGCCCUGCUCACUCAAACAAGCUGGAAGUGCUGGGCAAGCUCAGUCCAGCCAAGAGCAGAUGAGGGGAUCAGAGGAGUGAUUAGCAGACUGAAGACCUUCCAACCCAUCCCUAACCUGGUUUCCUGGAGCCAACCUGCAGGCUGAGCAGUCCUUGAGUCUUGCAAUUCUCACUUUCAGAAGUGAAUCCUGUCUCCCCUCUUGCUGAUUGACUGUGGAUAUGCUGGCAUCCAGGAUGGAGGGACUAGAAAGUGAGACCCCCAUGGGUGAGGUGGAGGAGAUGAGUGGAAGAGCUGACGUGACUCUGGACCCCGACACCGCCAACCCCUUCCUCAUUCUGGCCAGUGACCAUCGAGGGGUGGGACGGGGGGACGAGUGGACCUUGCUGCCCGACAACCCCGAGCGGUUUGACACGGAGCCAUGUGUGCUGGGCAGCCAGGGCUUUGCUGCGGGGAGACACUGCUGGGAGGUGGAGGUGGCCAAGGCAGGGGACUGGUGGGCUGUGGGAGUGGCCCAGGAGUCUGUCAGGAGGAAGGGGGUCCUCAAUUUUACACCCCAGGAGGGGAUCUGGGCAGUGGGGCAGUGGUUUGGACAGUACCAUGCUUUCAGUGAUCCUGACUGGACACCCCUGCACCUUACCUGCCUCCCCAGGGCCAUCCAGGUCUGCCUGGACUUCACAGACAAGCAGGUGACUUUUGCUGAUGCGGAGAGUGAAGCCCCGAUCUUUGUUUUCUGCCUGACCUCGUGUGCUGGGGAGAGGCUGCACCCAUGGCUCUGGGUGGGGAUGGACUCAUGGCUCGAGUUGUGCCCCUGACAGGGAGGGAACAUGGAGGGGCAGGGGAGAGACUGGAAAAGUGAAUGCCAUCAUCUUGGGUCUUGGUGCUGGGAACUGGGAGGGUCCUGUACCCUGCUGGAUUCUCCUCAUGUGGAUCCUCUGGCCACCAAGGGGAGGACUGGCAGGUCACAGAGAUGGACGCCACAAUAGAGCCUCCUUCAUCCCCCCACCCCUCAGCUGGGACUGCAGGGACAACAGGGAGCACAGAGACAGUGCAGGGAGGAGAUUGGUGCCUGGUGGUCCCAUGGCAGGGAUCACCAUUGAGUGCUGGGGCACUGCAAAGCUGCUCUGUAUGAUGCCAUAGAAAAUAUAGCAGCUCCUCCAGGUUUGCUGGAGUAGUGCCUCUCCUUUUUUUCAAUUAAGUUGAAAAACCUCAAACAUAGCUGGAUACUCAUGAUAACGCUUAUCUUCCCCACACAUCCAGAGCCUCUCCUUGCCUGACAUGCACCAAGCACAUUUCUUGCAGCAGAGCACUGGUAGCAAUGCAGGGGCAGCAGUAGGGGCAGCCCAGGAAGGAAAGUGCAAUGCUGAGCUGUGUCUGAAAUCCACAGGAGAGGAAAUUCCCACAGAUCUGCCAUUCUCUGAUCUUGUCCCAUCAAGGUCCUACCUCACAGGAUCCUGUUAAAUCCUGUCCUUAGGAAAGGAGAAGGUGGAUGUAGGUGAAAUGGGACAUUGCCUGGGUCCAGCCUAGAUUUCAUCUCUGAACACUGUUCUGGUUGGACCUUCUUAGUGCCACCCCAGUUGUCAUCGUUGUGGUGGCAUCUGGGCACAGGCAACAGUGUUGGUCUCCCCGCUCUGCUCCAGGAGCUGCAAAAAGUUGCAGCUCUGGGUCCAGGUAUCUGCCCCUAGAGCUCUGCCCUAAGCCUCUUCCACUGUGGUACCACCAAGACUGGGGAAACCCAGGGAUCUCUGCUCCCAGUGAGAGGCACUUCAUACUCUCCAUGGGCAGGACCCUCUGAGACUGUCCUGGUUUUGCUUGGGAUAGAGUUAACUUUCCUCUCAGUAGCUGGCACAGUGUUGGCUUUGAGAUUUAGGGUGAGAAUAAUAUUGACAGCAACAACCAAGCCAUCAGUCGUGUGGUGUUUAUCCAAGCCAAGAACUUUUCAGUGUCUCACAUUCUGCCAGCAAGGAGCUACACAAGAAACUGGGUGGGCAGAACUGCCAGGAGAGAUGACCCGAAUUGGCCAGAGGGAUAUUCCACACCCAGAACAUCCUGCCCAGGGAACUGCCUGGGAGGGGCUAAUCACUGCUGGGGGAUAGGCUGGGCACAGAUCAGUGGGUGGAGAGCAACUGUAUUGGGCAUCACUUGUUCUACUUGGGGUUUAUAUAUUUUUAAAUUACAA